UUGGACUGAAGACACUUGGUAGAGGCCCAAAAGUUUUGGUUUUUGCAGAAUUACCCUCAGCUUUUAGCGGAUUUUGAACGCGCGCCUCUUCUUCCUCUUUCGGAUUUCCAAGCUCAGCCAUAGCGAUGGCGGGUACUCGUGCUCAACAUGCUGCUCCUUUUGCUUUCCUUCUUCUUCUGUUAUGUCUUUGGGCUUCUGCGGUUCUGGUAUUGGCUGAUGAACAUUCUUUAUGUCUUAACCAGAAUUCGACACUGCAGCUAUCACGUGGCUUUCCUGUGGGGAAAUCUCCUGGUUCUAAGCCUGGUGUUACUGUGGUUGUCGAAAGAGUUAGGAUACGCGGACUGUCGAGGUUUAGAAACCUGAGUAAAUUCGCGCACUCCAUGAAAGUGAAGGUGUUGCCUGCAGAUCCAAAUGUUCGCAUUCCAAACAUAGAGAUCUGUUUCCAUAGGAAUGCAUCUCUUGCUGUAGGAAUGUGCUCACAAGGCCAGUGGGAAAAAGUUACCAAGGGUUCUUGGGUUCGAUCAAUGUCUCCUUUUGACCACAAGCUCUUAGAUAUAAGGACUGCUGGCUCAACACUGGAAAAUUUUGAGGUGUCUGUCGAAGAAGAAUUUUUUGCAUAUCGUGUUGUGUUGUUAAUAUUGGGUAUUACUCUAAUGAGCUUGGCAUCCUUCUUAAGCAAAUCGUUAGCAUUUUAUUAUAGCAGCGCAAUGGCAGUUGGGGUCAUUCUUGUGAUACUUAUGAUUCUUUACCAGGGAAUGAAACUGCUUCCAACUGGUCGGAAGAGUUCUCUUGGUAUAUUUAUAUAUUCAUCUGCUAUUGGUUUUGGGACCUUCCUCCUCCGCUAUGUGCCAGGCUUAAUUCGUGCAGUGCUUACAGAGUUAGGAAUUGAUGAAGACAUGUAUAAUCCUUUGGCAAUAUUUUUGCUUGCCUUUGUCACGAUACUUGGAGCCUGGUUGGGGUUCUGGGUGGUCCGCAAACUUGUCCUGACUGAAGAUGGAUCUGUGGACAUAAGCACUGCUCAAUUUGUUGUAUGGGCCAUUCGCAUUUUGGCUGCUGUUAUGAUCCUUCAGAGUUCAAUGGAUCCUCUGUUGGGAGCAUUGGCCUUAUUAUGUGGAUCACUGGUCAACGUGAUGAAGAGGGCGCUUAGAUCUAGAUUCCUUCGUCGCAUGCGCAGGAGUAUGUUCAAAUCACCUAAAAAGAACAGGAGGAGAUCCCAGGAUCCUGAUUCAUCACCUUUUGAUAAUUCAAAUGAUGGACAUGCGUACAAUAUGCAAAGCAAAGAGGAUUCUACAUUUCUUCAGCGUCCACUAAAAAGUUUCACCCUGUCACCUUGUAAAUCUUCUGAACGAGUUUUCACUAGAACACCACCGAAGAAGCUAACAGAGGAUUUAUUCCCAUCCAUCAUACACAACACACCUGAGAGAAGAAAAUAUUCAGCAGCAGAAUGGGAUGCGUUCACUAAGGAGUCCACUGAAAAAGCCUUAGAAGAACUUGUUUCAUCUCCUGAUUUCAGUAAAUGGCUGUCCACUAAUGCAGAUAGGAUAACUGUAACGCCCAACUCCAGAAAUGAUGAGCAGCGUACGUGGCAGUUUUGGUCUUGAACUCCCUCAGUAUGGACUCUUCACAAACUCAUGGUAGCUUGAAGUAGGUGAGAUAACCUAAGGUACGUGAUUGUCAGAUGUAAUUGGUGAUUCCACUAUACAGAAGCGAAAACAGAAGGGCAAUGUUGUAGAUUAGAUAUUAGAGGAAUUUAAAUGGUGUGAAAUUUGUAUGACAAUUAAUUUUCUAGGCUGUAGAUAUUUGUGCCCAGUAGUAGUUUCAUUUGUAUGAUCCAUCAGUUCAUUAUACUGUUGUUACUA